AUGAAGCCCAACGUUCUUGUUGCAAUUCUCAGUGUGGCCCUGAGCGUCACUGCGGCCCCUACUCCAUUGAAUCGGCCAUGGUCAUUAGAGCUAGCAGCCCGCAAAGUUGACCUUGAUGAUGCUCCUACCCCUCCAACCCCUCCCACUCCGCCCACCCCCUCUGGGCCUGUUUAUGGAGGUCCCUACCGUGGUCCCGUCGGAAUUCCAACUCCUCCCACCCCUCCUACCCCUCCCACUCCGCCAACCCCCUCGGGACCUGUCAAUGAAGGUCCCUACCGUGGUCCCGCUGGAAAUCCAACUCCUCCCACCCCUCCCACCCCUCCCACUCCGCCAACCCCCUCGGGACCUGUCAAUGAAGGUCCCUACCGUGGUCCCGCUGGAAAUCCAACUCCUCCAACUCCUCCUACACCUCCUACACCUCCUACCCCACCGACUCCUUCUAGCACAGUUAAUGGUCCAUUCUAUGGUCCAGUUUACGGUAGCGGCGGCGGCCAGCCUGUUCCUCCUACUCCACCAACUCCCCCCACUCCCCCCUCCCCUUCUUCCUACUAG